UUGUGCUUUUUUUCAUCUUACAAGGUGCUUGUGAUUUUACCUCGAGACGUGGAGACGAGACGUCAUCUGUAAAAUUGAACUGUGUUGGAUUACCUAAGGAGAGAUGGCGAAAGUCCUGAUACCAGGCAAUGGAUUAAACCAUAGACGUCCUGAAGAUAUGCUUGAACCACGUAGCAACGUAACGAGACAGUUCUUUCCUUUACGGUACACAUGUGUACGCACGUGCGCGAUUGCGCAAUGUCUUGCAACGUCAUCUACUUUUGCUCUUAACUCAAAGGAUGGAAUGACCAUUGACCAAUGAAGAAAUGGCGCUCAUCGUGGAAUCCUCAGGACGCGUUUUCAACGGAAACGUGUCUAACCAGGGUUUCCUGGACAACAGCUCAUCCGGCUCCAAAUGUCUAUGCUGUCCCUAUGGAUACCACAUCGAUUUGGAUUUUGUUCGAUAUUGCGAAGCUGUCGCGGCAGGAAGUAGCGAUCGAUCCAUAAGCGAAAGACGCAAGAAACGAGAACGCAGACGACAAUGUCAGUCAAUGGAAGUUCUUCUGGGCCUGGUAAGCCCAGCCCUGGCCAGUAUAGAAGCCCAACUGCCGAAAAUUCCUCAAGAAAAUUUAACAGUAAAUUGUGUGACGACCUUGCCCAGAUGUGGACACGCGAGGCCUUCAAAUAUUCAUCAGGUAACAACAAAUCUGGACCUGAGCGAUGUAGUGGGGGACUUCGAAGCUACUCUGAAACGCUCCUCGAAACCCGAUGGAACCAUCACUGCCUCUCAUAUGCAAAAUUCGAGCAACGUCGAAUCCAUCGUGGAUUUCGACAAUGCGAGCAUCGGCAGUGGAAACUCCAAUCUCAGCACCGGUGCUCUUCAGAACAUCAGAGAACAGAUGGCCGCAUCGCUGGAAAGGAUGAAAGAACUGGAAGAGCAAAUUAAAGUUAUUCCCAUGCUACAGGUACAGGUGUCAGUGCUCAAAGAAGAGAAGCGAAAUCUUUUGCACCAGGUAGACGAGCUCGCCAAGUCUAGGACUAGGAGCAACAAUGAUACCAAUCUGCAACGGUAUCGUAGUCAAUCCUUUUCCGAAGAACAUAGUCUUCUUGAACCAUUUAGAACCAUGAGGAUGCCUACCAGGGACAUGGGAACUAUGUGCGGAGUCAUGACGAGGGACGUCGGUGUUUCUUAUCAGCAGGUAAGAACUCGAGACGUAGGAAUGGUGACCAGUACUCCCAUUCAGAGGAUUCUGGAACGUAGUCUUCUCCAGGUCGAGGAGAUCCUACCUUCCGACAAGCUCGACAGAUAUUCUUCAUCUAGGGAGAGUCUUAAGAAACUAGAACGUAGCAAACUACAGAUCGAGAAUAUACUCCCAGAGAGUAAUGAUUCCGCUUUAUUAAGGUUGACCAGGAGUGACCUAUUUCUCGAGAAUAUCAAACCGGAGGAGAAAUUGAAAAAAUCUUUAAACAGAAGUCCCCUGAGAAUUGAAAAUAUUCUUCCGGACUUGUCAAGUAAAGUUGCACCCAGUCACGCGAAGGACAGGAAGCUCAGAGAAUUCGGCACAAAUACCGAGAGAAUAUUGCGUAAAAAUUUAGUAUGUAGCGAAUUAAGAGUUGAAGAAAUUGCACCAGAAAUUAGGAAGGUUCCUGAAGUUCAAAAGAAAUCCUGUGGAACGGGUACAGAUAUCAGUUUCAAGGAGAUAGUCACUGCUAGCGAAAUGGAUGUCAUUGUCGAAAACGCUCUCAGGGUUUAUAAAUUGGAGAAUAUUCCACCUAAGAAGGAGACAGUCUCGCGAGAGACACAAUGUCAAGCACGGUCUAAAGUCACGAGCGAUAAAAACAUUCAGGUAGCAGAACCGAUAAAAAUGAAAUCUAAUGUUGGCGUCACUGUGAAACCAAGGACUCUGGAUGCUAGCGUGGACGUCAAAAUUGGCCCAGGAAGUCGUUCCAUAGGUGUUGGUCCAGAUCAAGUAUCGACGAUACCAGUAUCCUUGAAUUCCUUGAACUCUCUGAACUCCAGAAGUCAUUCGUUUAAUUAUGGCGACACGCAGCCCAAACGAAAAACUACCAAAUCCGUUGGAGUACUUGUAGAGGGACUGAUCAAGACUUCCGUAAGGUCAACAGACACAUCCGGCUUGACACCGAAAAAGAGGGAGUUUGGAACUUCUACUCUGAAGAAGAAAUUCAUUGACGUAUCGGUCGGCGAGUCUGUCAAGCCACACAUCACAAUUUCCUGCGCUGCCAAUUACUGUGACAACUGUAAAGAAACCAUCAAGACGCUGGCUAAACAGAUAACCAACAAUAGCGAAAACAGCAUGAAUCAUCAGAUCUCAAAUACCAUAUCCAGGAUACCCAGACCUUCCCACAUUUCCUUGAACACUCCAGAUUACCGACGACAGUUCAAAAGGCAGGAUACCUACACGAAAAUCCCUCCUGCUGGAGUUAUCAGAUAUGAUUCAGAUAAUAAGGAGCAAUACGAGACUCACAACCGGCUUCAACAAUUGGAUACGGAAAAGAUCGGUGGCGAAAAGAUCGUCCCAGAAGAGUCACCACGUUCAGAGAAAGAGUCGGUCCCAGAUGAGAAGCAUGAAUUGCAAGAAUCCGCACUGUUCCAGCCAAUUCAAGAGAAGCCAAGAAAAAAGGUUGAACCAAGUAAAGAAAUGCGAGCCGCCAUGAAGGUCUUGAAUGACAAUCUGCGAAAGUCGCCCAGUAGAAAUAUUUCACAUCAGAUUAAGAACGCGACAAAUGUAAUACAACAAGAAUGGUUCAAGAUCUCGAGCACGGCGGAGGCUAAUCCUCUGGACGUCGAGGACUAUCUGGAUUGCUUCGAGGAGAGUUCCGGAUCUCUAUUGGAGUACAUAGUCAAUAUGACUGAUUCCAGCGGAAACACGGCAAUGCACUAUGCAGUGUCUCAUGGUAAUUUUGACGUGGUUUCCAUCCUCCUGGACUCAAAGGUCUGCGACAUCAACAAGGCGAAUGUCGCCGGUUACACAGCUGUUAUGUUGGCAGCCCUUGCCGACGUGAGGAACUCCACACACGCUUCGGUAGCCAACAGAUUGUUCCAGCUGGCUGACGUUAACGUACGCGCUAAGCUCCACGGACAGACUGCGCUGAUGCUUGCUGUAUCUCAUGGGAGAAAAGACAUGACCCAGCUUCUCCUGGACGCUGGUGCAGCUGUGAAUAUCCAGGACGAAGAUGGCAGUACUGCUCUAAUGUGCGCAGCCGAGCAUGGACAUACCGAUAUAGUGCGUCUUCUAUUGGCACAUCCUGAUUGUGAUCCCUCUAUCGUCGACGUGGAUGGCAGUUCUGCCCUGAAGAUCGCCUUGGAGGCUGGCAACAGGGAUAUCGGUGUACUCUUAUACGCACAUGAGCACGUUAACCGAGGAACCAGCCCUUACUCGUCAAUGAGAAGAUCUCGCCGAGGAUCUAAGCCCACAACACCUACAGGAGCUUCGCCGUCUGCUCCCGUGAGUCCUGCACCGUCGAGACGCUUUCAUUCCUCGAAUAUUUCUUUAAAUUCCUCGAAGUACUCCUCGUCGAAGUAGUUUCAUAAUCGUGUUAAGGUUCACCAGAAGUCCUGGUUCAGUGCUUUGACAUUUGCUAGUUGUUAGGCGAGGACAAGAUCCUGUAAUUCUUAAGAGAUGACGAGCGAUAGGAUCAUUUUCUGUUUUAUCUUGAAAAGGAUCCACUGUAAAUGGAGGCCAUUUCUGGCAUUUAUUUAUCUGUCUCUUUCUGUAUCUUUAUACCACCACUCUCCGACCUCUACCUCUCUUUGUCUCUGAUUCAUUUAAAAGAAAAAAAAAAUGUGCAAAUUUGUUAAAAUUCUGUUUUCCACGUCACAGAAUGGUAUAGAUCUGAUUUUGCUUAGAAUUUUUCUAUCGUUGAUAAAAGUUGAUUUUGAUCCAAAAGAAAAUGUACUGGUCAUAAUUAUCUUUGAACUGCUAAUGAGUAUGCAAUUUUUAUUAAUUCCGGUUUAUCUUCUCCUAUCUUUCUUGAGGUACCUGAUCGCGCGAAGUCAAGUACGGAUUGUACUUUUUAAAAAGGUUUUUAUCAAAUUACUAUUAAAAUAUUCUUGCGCUUCUCUUAUACGCAACACUAAUUUGUCUCUCAUUACUAUUGUUCUAUAUUUUUAAUAGCACUAAAUCAAAUAUAAUUAUCUUUGAUUUUUAAUUUACUGUUAUCGAAACUACUAUUACAAGCUAAAGGCUGUCUUUUGUAAAUAAGUUUUUUCAUUCCAAGUAUCGCUCUUUGCGGACUAUAUUUCUAUCUUUCUCCUUGUGUCUCUCAUUUUCUCGCGCAAUUCGCAAGCGAAUUGAAGCCCCGUUUACAGGUGCUGCAUGUAAUGAACGUACAUUAACGGUGCUCGUGGUCAUAAUUAUUAUCGAUGAAGAAGGUUAUAAAAAAGAAAUAUAUAAAGAAGAAAAGAUUAAAGAAAUGAUUAUCAACUGUUCGUAUGUCGGGGAGGAGCAUGCAAGAAUAGACAAUUAAUGAAGAAACUAUGGAAUAUUGAAAAAUGUAUGUCAAAUGUGUAGAGAAACGUAUGGACUCUUUCUUGACCAUAGGGUGAAGGAAGAGAACGUCAUUUUCUAAGCUGUUAUGUACUUCAAAUUAUAUCUUAGAGAGAUGGCCGUGCGCUUUUUCCUCGGCUCUAGAUUUUAUAUAUCGCGUAUAUAACGUAAAUGAUUUUCUCAUUGAAAUCGUCGUGGCGCAACCUUCUGAAUGAACAUAUUAAUGAAUCACUGACUGAAUGAACGAAUGAACGAAUGACUGUCGAUUCACAAUGAAAAGUAAAAGUAAAUAGUACGAAAACUAUAAAAAGAGAAACUAAUAACACAAAUAUACAAUUAAGAGCGACGCGGAGAUGUGUGAGAAUUUUCGAAGUUGUUUUGAAAGGUAUACAUAAAAAUAUUUAUAUAUAUUAUACACGUUGGGUUAUUCUUUAAAAUUUUUUUAAGAGUCUCAGGCAGCAGACAGCCGUGUUUUAAAUGCAAAUAUAAUGAAAUGCGUGGGAAUAAUGUCUUCCAGGAAACUAAAGAACAGAAGAAAAAUAUAGAACGAUGAACAAAGUCUGUGGAGGCAAAACAUUCCACAUUAAUUGCAAAUCCUAUCCUUUGUAAAUUCAGUCCUCCUACCGGAGGGCUGACAGACUGAUUAAAAGUACUUGGCCUAAAAUAUCCUGUCGAACUUUAUGUCGGGAACAAGUAACGCAAAAAGCGAACAAAGGUAUACAAUAGUAAAAUGAAAUAUGAAUGAGAUACACUGAUUUAGAUAGCCGUCAAUACAAUUAGAUUAAUGUAAACUGAAAUAAAAAAAUAAACUAUUAUUAGCUUCAACAAUUUGAUACUGACUAACGUAGUCCUUCAGUCGUGUGAUCGACUUUUGAGGCAGGAAAACAAAAUAACGGUUAAUACGCAUGAGAUCCAAUAAUAUUUCAACGUAUUACUCUGUGUCCUAUGAAGUAUUUUCACGUGCUAGUAGCGCGCUGAGAUCCUUUAACAAAUAUAACAUUUAUUUAUUCUUCUGGUUGAAUAUGUCGCGACGCUGCCGUCGACUCCGCGCGAGAAUUUCUACCUUCCUUCACGUGAAUUCAUUUUCCUUUCUCUUUGAUCUUUUCUCUUUUUUUUACAUCCUCCCUUUUAACCUGAAACUAGAUAUGGGAGGUCCUGUCGUUGCACGAGGGAUACUCGGCGUGGGAGAAAUUUUUUUUCUAGGGUUGUGAAUAGUGCGUUAAGUUAUUUUAACGUGUUGAAGAAAGCGCAAUUUAAGUUCAGCACGUCCCGACACGAUCGACGACGCUAUUUUCAAAGCGACGUUAAACGACGAAUGGCGAUUAUCAUUGACGAUAGUGAUUAUUAAGUGAUGAUGAUGUUUAGAGAUCUAGAUGAUAGAUCAUAGAGACAUGUUUUUCAUUGUUUGUGCCUUUCUAUGUAACAUAUUACGACUAGUAAUAAAUAUUUAAAUAAUUCCAAACUUCUCCUUAAUAUUAA